AUACCGCCGAAAGGUUGUAGGGCAAGAGGGUGUCUCCCCCAAACGGCCCGACCCUCCUACGGCCUCUACAUGGACUAUAAUAGGAUGAAUUCCUUUCUAGAGUACCCACUCUGUAACCGGGGACCCAGCGCCUACAGCGCCCCAACCUCCUUUCCCCCAGGCUCAGCUCCGGCCGUUGACAGCUACGCAGGGGACAGCCGCUAUGGCGGAGGGCUGGCCAGCUCCGCGCUCCCACCAAACUCGGGGUACCCCGUCCAGCAGCCGCCUUCAUCCCUGGGGGUGUCUUUUCCCAGCUCUGCUCCCUCGGGGUACGCCCCAGCCGUCUGCAACCCCAGCUAUGGGCCUUCUCAGUAUUAUUCCGUGGGUCAGUCGGAAGGAGACGGAGGCUACUUUCACCCGUCGAGCUACGGAGCCCAGCUAGGGGGCCUGCCCGACGGCUACGGUGCGGGCGGAGCAGGCCCAGGGCCCUACGCCCCGCCGCAGCCCCCUUACGGAACCGAGCAGACGGCAGCCUUCGCACCAGCCUACGAUCUCCUUCCCGAGGACAAGGACCCCUCUUGCUCGUCAGAACCCAGCACUCUCACUCCCCGGACCUUCGACUGGAUGAAGGUCAAAAGAAACCCACCCAAGACAGCGAAGGUAGCGGAGCCCGGACUGGGCGCUCCCGGCGGCCUCCGCACAAACUUCACCACGCGUCAGCUGACCGAGCUGGAGAAGGAGUUUCACUUCAACAAGUACCUGAGCCGCGCCCGGAGGGUGGAGAUCGCGGCCACCCUGGAGCUCAACGAAACGCAGGUGAAGAUCUGGUUCCAGAACCGGCGCAUGAAGCAGAAGAAGCGCGAGCGAGAGGGGGGCAGGGUGCCCCCGGCCCCUCCAGGUGGCCCCAAGGAAGCGGCUGGAGACGCCUCGGACCAGUCAACCGGCACCUCCCCGGAAGCCUCGCCGAGCUCCGUCACCUCUUGAACUGAACUUCCCACGUCACCCAGCUCCCAGCGCCGGACCCAGGCCUCUCCUAGACUCUCCCAAACUUCACAGCCCCUGGGGAAGUUCCUCGGGGCCGAGGAACCAGUUUAGAGCUGCCUAGGAAACUGGGCAGGAGGGGGGACACAUUAUUUGUAUUUUUAUUUUUAUUUUAAAUUUCUUCUCGGAUCUAAGGGUGGAGGGAUUGACUGAUAGGUGGGGAUCCUAUGUGUCCGGGGAGCAGCCAACCCAUCAAAGGCCGAGGGAAGGCCUUUCCGCCUUUGAUCUAGAGAUUGCCUCAACGUCAACACGUGGCUGGGGGUAGGAGCAGCCAGCCCAGCCUUCUGAAGGCCCCUCCUUUCCUUUCCAACUGGAGUUCAGUGCCUUUGAGCUUGGAGAACUCUCCUCGAGCGCUCUUAGCCCAACUCCGCUCUCUAGGCCUGGGAUAGAGAGAGUCCUCGGGUUUUCUCCAGGAGGGCGUGUUCGAGUGCGGGCUCCUUACCACCUUCAUCGUAAUCCUCAAUCCAGCCAAAUCACCGAAGACCUUACCAU